UUUGAGGAUUGGGAUAAUUAAUUAAUUUUGUCAGGUCCUCAAAAAAACAUUUUUAUUAGUUUUCACGAACAUUCAUUACAUAGAAUAUCUUGAAUUAAGUUGAAUAAAUAAUAGAAAAUCAUUUUGACAUGUUUUUUUCGUGAAAAGUCACACUUGACGAAGACGUGUCACUUCCGUUCUUCUUACGGUGUUUUAGCUCAACGAAACAAUUGUUACCACGUCUCAUCACUCGUGGCACUUUGUCGGUGUACUUUAUUGAGAGAAAAAAUGAAGGGCAGCGGAAUGGCCCUCGCGAAUAUAUUUUUAUGUUUCCUCUGUAUUUUCACCGUCGCUAGUGCCGGUGGCCCUACUCUAGUGUUACUCGAUAAUCUAGCAAUCAAAGAAACACAUUCCAUAUUCUUUAAAUCGUUGCAAGACAGAAACUACUUCCUGACAUUUAAAUUGGCUGAUGAUGCGAAUCUUGUACUCUCCAAGUAUGGCGAAUUUCUGUACAAACAUUUGAUAAUAUUUGCCCCGGGAGUGGAGGAGUUUGGUGGAGCAUUGAACGUCAAAGCUAUAACAGAUUUCAUUGACGGAGGUGGAAAUGUACUAAUUACUGGUUCAUCACAAAUUGGAGAAGUUCUCAGAGAAUUAGCAACAGAAUGUGGCUUUGAGUGUGAUGAGGAGGGCACUUCAGUCAUUGAUCACAUGGCAUAUGACUCCAGCGAUGCUGGUCACCAUACAACGAUAGUUGCCGAUCCCUCAAAUCUGAUUGAUGCACCUGUCAUUGUGGGAGACAAAAAUGUUGCCCCCCUUCUCUAUCGUGGCACCGGAUUGAUAGCUGAUUCUGACAAUCCUCUUGUUCUACGACUCUUGACGGCUUCUAGUACUGCUUAUUCUUACAAUCCAGAUCUUCCUGUCAAAGAAUAUCCCCAUGCUGUGGGCAAAAACACACUUCUGAUCGCAGCUUUGCAGGCACGGAAUAAUGCUAGAGUGCUGUUCUCAGGCUCUUUGUACUUCUUCAGUGACGAAGCUUUUACCAGCCCUGUUCAGAAAACACAAGGUGGACGACGUUACGAGAAGUCUGGCAACGAAGAGGUCGCGAAAUCCAUAGCUCAAUGGACCUUCAAGGAGAACGGUGUGAUUCGAGUCUCAUCGGUUCAUCACCACAGAAUCGGCGAGCCACAACCACCCGCGGCAUACACGAUAAUGGACGACGUUUUGUAUACCAUAGAAGUCGAAAAACUCUUUGGCGGCAAAUGGGUUCCUUACGAAGCAAAUGACUUGCAAUUGGAAUUCGUGAGAAUCGAUCCGUUUGUUCGUAUGACCAUGAAACACGUUGGAAACGGACGUUACGAGGCUAAAUUCAAGAUUCCUGACGUCUAUGGUGUUUAUCAGUUUAAGGUCGAUUACACGAGAAUUGGACUUACUCACUUAUACAGUUCAACUCAAGUUUCCGUACGUCCCGUUCAACAUACUCAAUACGAGAGAUUUAUACCGAGCGCUUAUCCCUAUUACGUGAGCGCAUUCUCCAUGAUGGGCGGUGUAUUCUUAUUCUCACUCGUGUUUCUCCAUUACAAGGAAAAUACUAAAUCAAAAUCCGAGUAAAAUCGGUUUUUUAGUUAUUGAAGAAAAAAAAAUUCGAUACAACGGCAGAACUGGACUGCAAAAAAAAAUUUCGUUUCCCAACGCAAGCAUAGCUGUGGCAAAAUAAUUAACAAAAUGAAAAAUGAAAACAGAACAAUCUUUUAAAUUUAUUUCUGACAAAAUCGCAUGGGAAAUCCUAAAACUGCAUUUCAUGCUAUUUAUAUUUGUUAUUUCAAAUCUUCGUAUCAAUACCCUCGAUCGUAAAAGCCCCAGCGACGAUCUUGUUAAAGAUUUCCAAUGCGAUCUUUCUACAAAACGAAUGAAUGAACAUCAUCGAAUUUGUUACUCCAUAAAAAACAAUUCACCAAGUUUGAAUGUGUGGGCGAUCAAAAAAAGAUACAAAGAAAAUAAAACGUUCAAGUGAAUGUAACAA